AUGGGUUUCUUAAAACAAUUAGACGUCGAAAAUUUCAAGUCCUGGAGAGGAAAACAAACUAUCGGUCCAUUUAAAAGGUUCAAUUGCAUAAUUGGCACCAACGGAUCAGGCAAAUCUAAUGUCAUGGAUGCUCUUGGAUUUGUGAUGGGAGAAAGAGCAGCUAAUCUCCGCGUUAAACACACUAGAGAUCUCAUCCACGGUGCCCACAUUGGCAACCCAGUGUCCACUUCAGCCAGCGUGACCAUGAUCUACUGUGGAGACGACGAUGAGGAAAUGACCUUCAGCAGACGCAUUUCAGGGGAGUCUUCAGAGUAUCUUGUGAAUGGUAGACAUGUCACUUUGGGGAAGUACACUGGAGAGCUGCAGAAGAUUGGCAUCGUGGUGAAAGCCAAGAAUUGUCUGGUGUAUCAGGGUGCUGUGGAGUCAAUCGCUAUGAUGAAUGCUAAGGAACGAACAAAGAUGUUUGAACGUAUCAGUGGCUCUGGAGAUCUGAAUAUCGAAUACGAUACCAAGCUGGCGGUCCUGCAGAAAGCCAAAGAGGACACCCAGUUCCACUUUAACAGGAAGAAAGCAGCUACAGCUGAGAAGAAACAAGUCUUCAAAGAUAAGACCGAGGCACAAAGAUAUCAGUCGCUGGUGGAUGAUCUCAGAGAAUGCAAGCUUCAACUGACCCUCUUUCAGCUCUUUCACAAUGAGAAAAGCAUUGACGCACAGUCUGCUUCACUGGGGGACAUGCAGGAGGCUGCAGCACAGCAGAAGAUCAGCCUGGAUGUCUGGGAACAAACUGUGAAGACCCGGAAGAAAGAACACGGGCGUCUGAACAGAGAACUUCAGCAGCUGGAGAAGGAGAUCAGAUCUCAGGAGCAGAUUCUCAAUCAGCAGAGGCCUCAGUACAUCAAAGCUAAAGUGAACACCUCCCACCAUGAGCAGAAAGUGCAGGAGGCUCGCAGAUCUCUUCAAAAGAACCAGAUUCAACAGGCCAAGAAGGGGCAGGAGCUGGAGGAGUUGAAGAGAGAGCUGACUGAGUUGGAGAGAGCCUGGAAGACCUCAGAGAGGCAGAUGGAGGAGGAGGAGGCUCGAAGAGGAGCAGGAGUAGAGCUGCAGGAGAGCCAGAUGGAGCGUUAUAAGGAACUCAAAGAGUUAGCUAGGAAGAAGGGAGCCAUUUUAAACCAAAGCGCAGAGAAGUUGCACUGGGAGGUAAAAGCAGACCGUGAGAAGCUCCAGUUUGACCUGAGGAGGAAAAGUGAGAUUCAGGCAAAUAUCAAACAUAGUCAAACUCAUCUGGAGGAUAUCAGCAGAAGGGCAGAAAAACUGGAGGAAUAUGUCAACAGUACAACCCAAACUCUGGAGGAGCAGCAUCAGCAGGAGGAGCAGCUGUCAGAGGAGCUGGCCAAAGGCCUUGUGCGUAUCGAGGAGGUGAAUGUGGAGCUCACACAAGUGCUGACCAAGCUGCAGAACGCCCGUCUGGACAGCCAAGAGAACCGACGACAGCAGAAACGAGACGAAGUGCUGGAAAGCCUCAGGAGACUCUACCCUGACACUGUGUAUGGUCGUCUGGUGGAGCUCUGCCAGCCCAUCCACAAGAAAUACCAACUUGCAGUAACAAAGGUGUUUGGCAAGAACAUGAACGCUAUUGUUGUGACGUCUGCUUUUGUGGCUCAUGACUGCAUUCGAUACCUGAAAGAGGAAAGAGCCGAACCAGAGACUUUUCUUCCUAUUGACUAUAUAGAUGUGCCCAUUCUGAACGAGCGUCUGAGAGAAGUACAGGGAGCCAAGAUGGUGGUGGAUGUGGUUCAGUGUUCACAAAAUGCCCCUCAGCUGAAGAGGGUGAUCCAGUAUGUGUGUGGAAACUCACUGGUCUGUGAGACUCUGAAAGAUGCCCGUCGAAUCGCCUUUGAUGGUCCUGAGCGUCUUCAGACGGUGGCUCUUGAUGGCACCUUGUUUCGGAAGUCUGGGGUGAUUUCAGGAGGCUCUUCGGACCUGAGCAAGAAAGCUAGACGCUGGGAAGAGAAGGAUAUGAACAAACUUAAGGAGGAGAAGGAUAAGCUGUCAUCUGAGCUCCGUGCCUUGAUGAAGCUGAAGCGUAAGGAAGUGGACUUGAAGCAGAUCAGGGCUCAGUCUCAGGGAAACCAGACUCGCCUCAAAUACGCUAACACUGAACUAGACUCCAUCCGCAGGAAGAGCAUCCCAGCUGCUCAGAUCGAGAUUUCCAAACUCAGGAGUGAGCUCUCCAAUCUUGAGGCCCAGAUUGAGAUUCAAACUGAGAGCGUGGAAUUGAAGGAUAGUGAGAUGAAGGCCGUUAAAGACAAAAUUCAUCAUAUGGAGGAUUUGGUGUUUGCAGACUUCUGCACGGAGAUUGGUGUGGCAAACAUCCGUGAGUAUGAGCAGGAUUAUCUCCGACUGCAGCAGGAGCUUGAGAAGAAGCGCCUGCAGUUCGAGUCCCAGCAAACCCGUCUAAGUACACAGCUCGAGUAUGAACAGGCUCAGCUGGAGAAACUUGUCAAACUGAUGAAGAAGAUUGAGGAGACCAUAGAGAGAGAGAAGAACAUCAUUAUCAGCCUAAAAGAGGGGGAAGACAACAUUUUGAUAGCUGUGGAGCAAACCCAAUCAAAUCUGCUCAAACUGAACAACCAGCUUUCAGAAAAGACUAAUUUAAUCAACAAUGCCAAGACAGAGCUUGACAAGGCUCUUAAAGGCCUCCAGGAGAGAAACAAGGUGCUGAUGAAGCUUCAGAAGCAAACGAUCUCCACUGAUGCGGCUCUAGAACACCUGAGACUGACCAAACACAACCUGCUUUUAACCUGUAAAAUAGACGGUCUCCCGCUGACGCUGAUCUCAGGAGCACUGGAUGACAUCAGUGAAAUACAGCUAGACUCAGAGUCUCAGAGCGUCAGCACAUUGGACAUUUUCGAACGAGAGGCGCAGAUGGUGUUUGAUUUUUCAUCAUUGGACAACAGCCUUAAGAUGCUCACUGAAGAGAGUGAAGUGGAGGCUAUGCUGGAGAAGCUCAAAGAGGGCGUCUCUUCUCUGGAGUCCAUGAUCAUGAUGUCUAGAGCGCCAAACUUCAAAGCUCUAGAAAAGAUCAGAGAGGUGAAGGACAGCUACCGGGAGGUUCUGGAUGCGUUCGAUAUCAGCACAAUUACCACCAAGAAGUGCAAUCAGGAGUUUGAGCAGGUGAAGGCCAAACGCUUCCAUCUCUUCAGCCAGUGCUUUGAACACGUGUCUGUUGUUAUCGACCAGAUCUACAAGAAACUCUGCAGAAACGCCAGCGCUCAGGUUACGGGAUUUUUCCGGAUGAUGUCGAGAGAGAGCUGUCAGAUCAUUGUGAUCUCCCUGAAGGAGGAGUUCUACUCGCGGGCAGAUGCUCUUCUUGGAGUCUAUUCAAUGUUUGAUGAAUGCAUGUUCAGCCGCCUUCUGACACUGGACCUCACCCCGUACCCACUGAACGACGAAAACACCACAGACAGAGAGAAGAACAAAUGAUGCCUGGGUGAAGGAUAAUGAAGAUGAAAAUGUUCACCGUUCAAGACAAAA